AUGCCUGGUCUUCCACUCUCUGACACCCAGAACCGCUACCUGGCCCUGGCCUGGCUCUGCGUUGAUGCCGAACCCAAGAUCGACUACGAGAAGUUCUCCCAGCUCACCGGCUCGAAGACCGCAAACUCGGCUCGCGAGAUGCUGCGCGUCACCAAGAAGAAGCUCCUCGAGUUCGACACUACUAUCACUGCCACCAACGGCACUGUCGCACCUCCCAACACCCCUGCCGCCAAGGCUCCCAGAAAGAAGGCCACCCCCAAGACCAAGAGCACCAAGGGCAAGGCAAAUAAGAAGCGCAAGGUCUCCACCGACAGCGAUGACAGCGAGAACGACGAAGAGACUCCUCUAAAGAAGAAGACCGUCGUCAAGAACGAGCCUAUUGACGAAGACACUGAGGCUGGUGCCGUUGCAGGUGCUGAUGCCGAAGACGCUGAAGUUUGA